AUGUGCAUCUCUAAGCAGUCCCAUCAAAGUGUGGUUCUGCCCACCAUCGAUGCAUCCCUGUCUGGCCUUCGGUUAUAUCCUAGCAUCUUCACUUCUGACAGACCAUCGCAGCAGCAGCUGGGAACACAGGAGAACAGCUGCUUGUGCACCCAGACCAUAGAAGGUGCAUUCGCUGUAGAAAAGGUCUCAUGUGUGCUGAGGGUGAUCGUCCUUUUGGUUAAGAAGUUCAUUAGGGUUUCUGAGAGUCCCGAAGUCCCUGAGGUCAGAGCAGUUCAAAGACUCAAAGGCGAGGACGCUAACCCUAUCCUGCACCCUCCAGAGCUCACCGCCAUCCACGAGGGAGGGAGGCAGCACCUGCGGCGGGGACUUAAGGUUGUCAUCCCCACCUCCGACCUCGCCCGCACCACGGCGACGGUCACUCCCGAGGCUGGGAAGCAGCGCCCUCUAGCGGAGUGUGCGACCACGAACCGGCAAAGCCAACGUUUACGUGGGAUUUCUGGGGUUGUUGACAACAUGCAAAUUCUGAUGUCACCUGCCCGAAGCUGUUGUGCCCUGGCCAUCCUGCUGGCAACUGUGGACUUCCAAUGUGGUGGAUGCAUCCAUGUCACCAGCUCAGCAUCCCAGAGAGGAGGGCAACUGGACUUCACCUGUACAUUGUGGCACAAGAAGGAUGAAGCUGAGGGGCUAAUGCUCUUCUGGUGCAAAGACAGGUCUUGGGACUGCUCCCCCGAGACCAGCUUAGAGCAGCUAAGGGUUAAAAGGGAUCCUGGGACAGAUGGCAUCACGCAACAGUCAUCUCAGUUGGUCUUCACCAUAGGACAAGCCACACCAUCAGACAGUGGGACCUACCAGUGCCGUGCCAGAAGCCAGAGGCCAGAAGUCCACAUCCAUGGUCAUUUUUUCUCUGUUCUAGUCACAGGGAACCACACCGAGAUAAGUCAGAGACAGAAGCAGCGCCCUGGCUUCAGCCGUACUGACAGUGCUCUCACUUCAGGCUUCCUGCAAGCAAAGGCCUGGGGGGUGAUGGUCACCAGCCUGGCAGCCCUUCAAGGAUACUCUUGA